CAGGUUUUUGUUCCUGUUACUAUUUGGGUGCGUGCCAUAAGGUGCGGUGCAGCAAAAUGCAGAAUAUUUAUUAGCAACGUUUUACAUACUUGCCUGGCACUUGAUAUUGACUCUGUCAUGACACAACCUAAAAAAUACAUGUGGAAGUGCUUGUCCUAAAGUUAAGCCGCACUGCGGCCUGUGACUUGUAUGUAUGUUAUCACAAAAGUGAAAACCCUUUCGCAAAAAGGCUAAACAUUGGUUUGGUUUCUGUUUUAGUAUUUUUCAGAUGAACCUAUAACGCGGCGUUGGCGUCUAAAGCAAUGGAACCGACAUUCACCCAAGAGACAGCAGGAUAGACUCAAAGUGCCUUCGGCUGGCAGCCCGCGCAGCUUUUGGAAACCAAAAGACCUGCACAUCAGGAGCACGGCACGAACGCCUUGUCUCCUUUUUCUCCAGGAUGGGGACAAAGGCAGCCCGGACCUGACAUCCAGUAGAGCGGAGGAAUGGCAGACGAGGAACGUCGAGAAAACAACAUGCUUGCUCCCAGACGCCUCCCAGUCACUAAGACGAUUGACGGAGAAGCCUGCUGGGUGUACUGCGAUCCGGCCACAUACCGGAGUGUCCCGAACUUCGAGCCCCAAGAGGGAGACAUCAUUCAGGUCACGUUCCCAAGAUCGGGGACGAGCUGGGUCCAGCAGAUCGUACAGCUCAUUUUAUACCAGGGACAGUCGGCGAGGUCGUACGCCGAGUUCCUGGAGAGAGCACCUGUCAUCGAACUGCAUGGUCUGAAGACGACGCAGCUGCGGUCCAGGCUUCUACGAACCCACUUUCCGAUGAGUAAGAUUCGUGUAAGCCCAAGGGCCAAAUACAUCUACGUCGCCCGGAACCCUUGGGAUUGCUGCGUGUCAUGCUUCCACAUGAUCAGGGAGCAUCCCGCCUUCCAGUUCCAGGACGGGACCUUCGACGAGUUUCUGGACGCGUUCCUAGGCGGACAGUUCGGGUCUGGCGAUUACUUUGAUCACGUGAUCUCCGGUUACGGCCACAGAAAGGAUCCGAAUGUCUUCUUUGUGACGUACGAAGAACUCCAGAGGGACAAGGCGGCCGUCGUCCUGAAGCUGGCAUAUUUCUUGGGACAGGACCACGGCAAGAGGCUCGAACGCGACGCGUCGGCUUUCGAGGAGGUUCUCUACAAGAGUACGACUGGAUUCAUGAGUAGCUUUAUGAAAACAAAUCCCGCGGAUAUCCGCAAGCGGAGUGCGCAAGAUCCGACUGCUCUGCAGGCUUUCUUGGUGCCUGGUGUUGGAAAAGCCAGCGAAGAAUCGAUUAUAAAUAUGCUUCGCAAGGGUACUGUUGGUGACUGGAGAGAGCAUUUUUCGACCGUUGAUGUCGAGAAAAUGCAGGCUAAAAUCGAUGAAAAAGCAGCAGGUUCGGACAUUGUGCAUAUAUGGCAACAUGAUUGCGAGCUGAUCUAAGUCUGAAGUAUUAAGAUCCCACUUAACCAACCGCGGUGUGUGCCUUGGUUUUGUUUCUUGGCGUAUAAAAACUUACUAUGCCAUUCAAAA